UAUUAUUGCCUGAAUUCAGGUGUUCUCGAUGGUUUCUUCAUGACUCCUCUGAACGACUCAGACGUACCACAGCGUAGUAGAGUGAGUUUCCUGUCGACGGAGAUGACUGAGGCGAAGCAAAUUGGGGUGCGUGGAUUGUCUUGCUAUGGCUUCCGCAUGAUGGACGGGAGUUUCCUUUAUGGGCCUGUAGCCCUUUUUCCGAAAUCCGUUUUGUCGUGGCGUGUCCACACUCCCGAAGACAUUAUGCCACGGUCCCUCAGUCUUUUUGCAAUGUUGGAACCAAAGAUUGACAUCCUCAUUAUUGGAGCUGGCGACAAGAAGAACAUUGACAAAGUACGGGCUCAAAUCGCUCCAUUCUUAAGGGAACAUUCCAUCGGCCUAGAGAUUUCUGACACAGAAGAUGCCAUUGCGACCUUCAAUUUCCUGAAUUCUGAGGGACGUUACAUUGCUGCAGGACUUUACCCUCCAGAUGAUUUGAUCAUAACAGAUGCCGAGUAUGGACGGGCCAUGAACCUUUUAAGAGCUUGGGACACUGUAGAAGAGCAUCCCUUGUUCUGGGGUUUGGAUGAUUCGAUCAACCAAGCAGAAGAUCUCGUAAAAAAAAUUUGGAGUGGAGGAGAUUUUGAGAAGCUUCGUGACAAGGUGAAUAAUAUUUAA